AUCGUUACUAUACCUACUUCUCAAUUUCUUAUUUUCAUUUAACUUGUGAUUGUUUUGUGAACACUUAGUGUCUAGUGUUAUACCGAUUACUACUAAAUUCAAUAUUUGUUACUUGAACUUUUGGUAUUUGAAUAAUCUUCAAAUAAUAUCUAAAUUAUGGAUGAUUUAGACCUUUAUGUUCAGUUAAAUGGUGUAGAGUUAUUAGAACAAAUUGAAGAAGAUGCGGAAAUUGUUUUACAGAAGUCUAACUAUAUAGAUCCUUUCGAAAGUCUUUCCGAUCGCCAAUUUAUUGCACUAUACCGGUUAUCAAAAGAUUUGGCGACAAGGGUAAUUCAUAUGGUGACACCUUACAUGAAAGCUCCUUCAAGAAGUAGUGCACUGACCAUAAAACAAAAAGUUAUGACAGCUCUUAGAUUUUUUGCAUCUGGUAGCUACCAGAUGGACAUAGGUGUCAGUCAAUAUGCCUCUGUUAGUCAACCGACUGUUAGUAGGAUAGUAGAAGAGGUAACUACUGCAUUAUGCUGUCCUGAAAUAUUUGAGGAAAUUGUACAUUUCCCAAGAAAUUUCGUGGAAUUAAAUGCUGUUCGAAAAGGGUUUUAUGAUAAUUUCAAAAUACGAGGUAUUGUGGGUGUUAUUGAUUGCACGCAUAUAGCUAUAGUACCACCUAAAACCGAAGACUUGACGUACCCUGAACACAUAUAUGUGAAUAGAAAGGGGUAUCAUUCAAUAAAUACUCAAUUGAUAUGUGAUGUUAAUUUGAGAAUUUUGAAUGUAUCAGCAAGAUACCCAGGGUCAUCCCACGAUUCUCAUAUUUGGAAUACAAGUAAAGUUAAAAUGCUAAUGAUGGAUUUACACGCACAAGGACAUAAAUCGUAUAUACUCUUAGGUGAUUCUGGAUAUGCUUUACGUCCAUGGCUAUUAACUCCAUUCUUAGACCCACGUCCUGAUUCGCCUGAAGCGAAUUACAACGAUUCAGUUUGUAAAGCUAGAUCUACAAUUGGACGUUGUAAUGGAGUAUUGAAAAUGAGGUUUCGAUGCUUACUAAAACAUCGAACACUUCACUAUGCACCAAACAAAGCAUCAAAAAUUAUAAAUUCUUGUGUGGUUUUACAUAAUUUAUGUAUUAUGGAUAACAUUCCAUUGUAUAAUGAAGAUUUUGAUAACCAAGAAGUGGAUUACGGAAUUUGUCAACAAAAUAAUGUUGAAAAUACGAAUAUCGACGAUAAAGGUAAUCCAGAUUUAAUUGCUGGCCAACAAGCCCGUCAGCAAAUUGUCGACCGAUAUUUUACCUAAUCCACCUCUUCAGUAUCAAUAUUAUCUUCAUUACAUAUACAAUGUAACAUUAUCUCAAAUAAAUACACAAAAUAUUGCAAGGGUACCUUGUGGAUUCUUACUUUUAAAUUUAAUAAUUUAAUUAAACUAAUAUUUAUAUAUUCAACUGUUCAUAUAUUAAAUAUUAAAUAUUAUUACAUUUUAUUUUUAUACACAUUUUAAUAUAAAUUUCUUUAAAGUUUUA